CUAUUGUGGAAUGUCUUAAAGAUGUCAGUCCUGUUGUUAUAUCUGAUUUUCAGCUUCCUGUAAUAGAGAAAAGUUUGAGGAAGGCAGCAGUAAUAAUUUUAGAACUCGAUUAUGCUGACGUGGUAAAUAAUGAUUGAAUAAUGAUUUAAAAAUAUUUUAAAUUUAAAUUUUCAGGAAAUGAUAGAAUCAAUGAUCCGUAAUCACCAAAAAGGAACAGCUUGGAAUCAUAUGGCAAAAGUCAUUUUCAUCGUACCAAAUACCAUGGACAUAAAUCAACGGGCAUUAAUAAUAGUUGUUUUGAAGUUUGUUGGCUUUCUGGAUGUUGCAGUCGUCCAUCAAACUGCUACUGGAACUAUUCGUACCGAACUUUUUCCAACACUUCUUAAUAAACUCAAAAUUGUUACAGGCAAAGUGAACAAAUCGCUGAUGUUUCCAUACAAAUUAAAGGACAUGCAGGGACAUCAACUAAAUAUUGUGAUUCACUUUCAACCACCACGAGUAUAGCUCAUCGAAAAUAGAUUAUCAACUCCAAUGACUCAUUAUUUAGAGGCAUUAAGUAAAGCUCGGAACUCUACAUUCAAAAAAAUUUUCAUCACAGAUCAUACGCUUAUUGAAGAGAUCUGGUUAAGUCGAAAGAUGGAUUUAACAUUAAAUAAUGGAUAUGUAAUUGAUAGUUUAGAGCCAAAGCUGUUGACUUACGAAGAGGAUGCUUUCUGUGUCUUGGUUCCUCUACCACCAAAAUCCUCACUUUUUCAAUUGAUUUUCAUUGAACCUUUUGAUGGUUGGACUUGGUUGUGUUUAUUCCUUACUAUUAGUUCAUCUUUUACUGUUUGGUGGAUGUUCAGAGGUCGUGGUGCUGUUGAUUCUCCAUUGGUGCUUGGUUAUGGCAUGUUUGUAAUGUUUUUGGGACAGGGCGUCGAAUACAGUCGCAGGAAUCGCUUAGUUUUGGUUAUUCUACUUCAAUUGAUCAUUUCGAUGAUUUUUGUAUUAAGCAAUGCUUAUCAAGGUGUCAUCACAUCCUUUAUGAUAGAUCCAAUACGUGAUGAAACAUUGAAAACAUUUGAUGAAGUUCUGGCAACAAAAUAUAAGUUUCUCAUGAAUCAACUGUUUGCUGCCUUGAUUAACGACACCGAAGAAUUUAAGAUUGAUUCAUCUAGAAAAAUAGUAAGAUUUAAUAAUGCAACAGAUACUUUCUCUAGUAGGAUACUGGAACGUAAAUAUGUCAUAAUUACGAAAUGUGAUCACGCUGAGUUUUACAUCAGUAACAAGCUUUUAGAUGGAAUCAUGUUACUAGAUUAUUAUUAUUUGUUACCAACAAGGUUGCUGUCUAGUUUUGUUCGACUUGAAGCCAGUCACUUCAAUCCAUUCCUUCAAAUGUUUCAGAAUACGAUGGAUUUGUGUUUUGAGGCCGGUUUGCCUUAUAUUUGGAAGGUUUUUGAGUUCCAAAAUGUUGUAAGUUAUUAUAAAAGUACAUUUAAUGAUGAACCAGUCUAUCUAGAACUAAAGGAUUUGACUCAAGUAUUCAGCAUCUUAGUGAUAGGCUAUGUAUUUUCCACUUUGACUCUGCUUGCUGAAAAUCUAUUCCAUCGACAUCUAAAAAGAAUAAAGCUAGCUUAUUUUGCAAGAAAUUUAAAAGUUAAAGCUUAUCACAUAUCACAUUGCAGAAGAAAGCUCCCCAAAGAUGUAAAAUACCAAAUGGGUGCACUGUACUACAUCAUUCAUCGACACCAAAAGUUGAAACGAUUAAAACCAAAAAGGAUGAAAAUUCGUGAAAUUUUCGUUCGAUCUAAAAGACCUGAAGAGUAAAAAAAGGCAAGAACCAGUCAGUAUCUUUUAAAUUUACGCUAUGACACUGCUUUUCGCGUAUUUUUAGGAUAAUCGACUGCGCUUCUCCAUCCUUUCAAUCCCAACAUUCAGCUUUUCAUUUCAAACUUGUGCCUUCCACUUCUCUCAUCCACUUGCAUAAAUUGAACAUGAACACACAAAAAAAUCAGAAUUGGUUUCCAUAGCAAAGAAUUUUUUCUCUGUCGCUUCUCUUUCCAUACUCAAAGAUGCAAAUUCAAUCAAAAUGAAUGUUUACGUUCAACUUGAUCGGCUGAAGAUUUUUUUUUUCUCAUCUCUCAUUCCGCUUUUUUAUGCUCUUCAAUUUCAAAUCGUCUGUGUUUUUUAAUUUCAUAUUGUGAAUCUACACGGGUUUAUGGAUUCCUUCACCCCCCUUGAUUCUCAUUACCAUGAGAGUAUGGGGGUUGUUUUUGGGUGACGUCAUUUUUUUGAAGGAUUAGGUUUAAAGCUAUUUUAAGUUCCUACAUUGAGGAUCUCAAAUCAAGCUUUGAGUGCCCGUGUUGUAUUACCAGGUUGCACUGCUAGCUUGCUCUAUUAACUUACACUCUUAGCUUUCAGUACUAGAUUGAUUUACUAGAUUACAUUGUAAACUUGAAAUCUAGUCUAUACUACUAGGUUACUCUAGUAAGUUUCAUUACUAGCUUUUAAUCUAGCUUAAACUAUUGUCUGGCACUACUAGGCCAAGUUUCACUACUAAGUUGCAUUACUAAGUUGGACUACUAAGUUGCACUACUAAGUUGCGAUACUAAGUUGCACUACUAAGUUGCACUACUA